CAUCGUUGUGUGCAAAUCGAGCUCAUUCAAAUCAAGCUUUUAACUUAAUCUAAAAUCUAAAAUUUAGGGAUCGAAAAUUGAUCCAUACGAAAAUUUUUAAAGUCACAUUGUUAAGAGUUUUGACAAGCUCAUACAAUCUUAUUCUUAAAUUUUAAAUUUCGACUUGCCAUAACUUUCCAUCUACCACACACACUCCAGUCUCCUCCCAUUCUGUAUCAGAAAACUCCAAUCACAAAGCUCAAAUUCACAAAAAAUGUCGGAAAAAGAGGUCAGCAAUGAACAACAGCAACACCAUCAAUCUGACGAACUUGCCGAUGCUCUUGACGAUCUCUUCAAUGGAGUUUCCACCAUGAUCAAGUCUGAGCUUCAGGGCACAAACAACCUACUUGAACUUUUGGAGAAAAUGAAUCUCAGGGUGGCAGAAGAGUACAGUAGUUAUGGUGACGUUGCUUCUGGUUUGAGGGUAUUUGUGGAGCAGUUAAAGCGCAAGAGUGGUAGCUUUGAAGAGUACACUCAACAGAUUGAUGCUAUAGAUCAACAGGUGACAGAAUUCGAAGCUGUAAUUUCGAUGCUUGAUAAAUAUGUUUCUAUGUUGGAAAAGAAAGUGCAAUCUGCCUAUCAGAUUCCUCCGGCAUAAUUGUUGUACCAACAUUUUUGACAUCAGUUUGCCGGAUCUUGUAAAAAUGUUUGGAGUCAGAUGUUAUCACCAAAGUUUUCAAGUUUUGCUAUCAAAAUGGUAUUGUAGUAGUUUUAUGUUGGAUGAUGCUAUUCCACCUGCCUCAGUUUUGUUUUAGGAUACUCUAUAUGGGAAUGGAUCAUAUGGAAUUGAAUGUAUUGUAUGUAGUGUGAAUAAGAAUGCGAACGAUCCUGUAGUUCCCUCAACAUUGUAGUAUGGCUCUCCUCUUCUAGCUUUCUCAAUUCAUACAAUUUGCAAAACAACCAUAAAUGGGUAUAAAAGGUACUUCAAAUCAGUAACUAAAGAAGCACUUAGGCUACACGUUAUGCAUAUAUUAGUUG